GUGCAGACUGGUAGACAUUAUAUCCUGUAGGCUGUUUGUUAAAGAAAGAUAGAGAAUUUGGUAUGAAACAUUUGAAUCUUGUGAGGUCUUGUGAGAACUUAAGGUUUGGAUUUGCAUAUAAAAAUCACAAAUAUGGUGGACCACAAUGCACAACCACAACCCCCCAGUAAACUUAAUCAAGUGCAGGAGCAGGUCAAUGAUGUCAAAGUUAUCCUAAAAGACAACAUAAACAAAGUUCUGGAGAGGGGAGAGAGGUUAGAUGACCUAAUUGGAAAAACAGAUGAUCUGCAGGCAACUGCUGACUCAUUUCAAAGGACUUCCACAAGAGUUUCCAGAAAGUUCUGGUGGAAAAAUAUGAAAAUGAUGAUUAUAAUUGGAGUGGUAGUGCUCAUCAUCGCUGUACUUAUCAUUCUUUUGGCAACAGGAGUCAUUCCUACAUAAUGUAAUUCAAUCUUCUCUGCUCCAUGUUAAAUAUAAGCACAUGAAAAUUAGACCAGUUUCCAUCUCUCUCUCUCUCUCUCUCUCUCUCUCUCUCUCUCUCUCUCUCUAUAUAUAUAUAUAUACUUUUUUUUUUCCUUCAGUGUUUUGUUCACAAUAUUUUGGCAGAUUUAAUGAAAUGUUAUGUAAAUAUAAUUCAUUGAUAUAAAGCCUACUAAAUUAUUUAUACCCAAAAGGCACACUUGUAUAUACAGUGCAAUUACAAUACUUGUUUAGACUAAACACUGACUUUAUAGUUCUUUCUUUCCUGUUGAUCUAAACACUAAAAAACUAAAUAAUGUUCAUUGUUACUUAUAGCCUACAGUAAACCUUUGUAACUUUACAAUGGUAUUAUGGCUGUAAUGAUAUGCGUCAUUCAUUUCAAGUCAAAUUAUCUGAAAUGGUUUUUGAUUGCUUUUAAUACUUUGGACUUGCAGGUUAAAUUGUUUUAUUAGGUUGCAUCCAGUGUUAUAGCUAAAUAAAGUUCUCUUCACCAGA